AUGGAUACCUGGGGGAUUAAGGGCAGGGAAGGUGCCGCAGGGCAGGGGCAAGCGUGGGACCAGGGUGGGAGGGAUGCCUCGGUCAUCACCGUGUCCAGCGGGGGACCCUGCGGAGACUGGACCUGGCCGGACAUGUGCCCCAAGGGCUCCUACGCCAGUGGCAUCAGCUUCAAGGUAGAGACACCCCAGGGGGUGAUGGGGGAUGACACGGCAUUGAACCGGAUUCGGCUGCACUGCUCCCACAGCAAGAACCCCAGCGGUGGCUACAUGGCUGAGCCCCGGAGUGGCAGAUGGGGACACUGGUCAGAGGCCUGCUGGUGCCCCCAUCGAGGGCGCCUGGUGGGCUUCGCUCUGCGGGUCCAGGCACCUCAGCGCGGGCUCCUGAGUGAUGAAGUGGCUGCCACCAGUGCCCGCUUUGCCUGCUCCAACGGGCACAUCCUGGAGGGGCCAGGGUCCACCUGGGGCCAGUGGGGCAGCUGGAGCCCCAGUGCAGUGUGCGGCAUCCAGACAAGGCAGGAGCCUGCGCGGGGGCUGAAGGGGGCUGACACAGCCCUGAAUGAUUUGCGUCUCUUCUGCUGUCUGUAACAAGCGCUGGAAACCCACUACAGGGCACCUGAUCCUGUGACCCAGACCCACAGCAGAGCCUAUCCAUGGGGUCCCCCCCACCGGGAGAUGUUUUAGCUCCGGUACCCUCAGGGGGCACCUUUCCCUCAUCCCCAUGCGCUCCAUCAUUGGUUAUGUGCUGCUGCCAGCCCCCCAACACCUACCCCGCUUCCCAGAAAUGUUUGCAAGUCCUUUCUGCGCCCACCCAGACUUCCAGAUAUUCCCCAGCAUUUCCAGGACUGUUCUUGUCCUACUCUGAAAUAAGCUUUCAGUAAAAGCAU